UGGAGCCUCACACCUUCUCCGGGGUCAAAUUUCUCGGGCAGACCAGAGCUGCCUCUUCGGGGAGAACCGAGCGGAGCCCAGUCCUGCUCUUUGGAUUUACAAACAUUGCUUUUUCCUCUUCUUCUUCUUCCUGCGGCCUGCUGCGCCUCGGCCGUUCUACCGGGAUGACGCCGCUGCGGCUCUGAUGAGAUCCGGACACAGAUUUGGGUCUUGAGGCCGCAGAGACACCGAGGAAAAACGCGGCAAGCGAGCACAUCUGCAGUCCGGCUCAGCAUGAACCUCAUCGGGGGCUACCAGCAUCACCACCACCUGAUGCACGAGCCCUUCCCGUUCGUCCAGCGGUGCCACCAGGACGCGCCCUACUUCCAGAGCUGGGUGGUCAACCACGGCGAGGUGCCCCCGGACUUCCAGAUCCAGGCGCCCUACCCGGCCGCGGAGCUCGGCGCGCAGGGAGCGACGCACGAAGGCCGGCUGGACGGGCUGCAGGCCGGGAUGGGGAAGCGGAGGGCGUCGGGGCCGAAGAAGGAGCGCCGCAGGACGGAGAGCAUCAACACGGCGUUCGCAGAGCUGCGGGAGUGCAUCCCCAACGUCCCGGCGGACACCAAGCUGUCCAAAAUCAAAACUUUACGUCUGGCGACGAGUUACAUCGCGUAUCUGAUGGACGUGCUGGCCAAAGACUCCGGAGAGACUGAAGGCUUUAAGGCCGAGAUUAAGAAAUUUGAAAACCGGGAUUUGAAAAGGAAGCGGGAGCUGCUGACCGACGGCCUGCACGAGCCUUUAGGAGCCGAGAAGAAGGCGAAGGGUCGGACCGGGUGGCCGCAGCAGGUCUGGGCUCUGGAGCUCAACCAGUGAAGACAAAAACUAAAUGAAAAACCCCCAAAACUGCUCACAGACUCUGGAUUCAGAUCUGGGUUAAAGAGAUGAGAUAAAAACCACUGACUGGGCGACCCUGAACGCACCGGAGAGGUCGCGGACGCUUUCUGGACACGCCGCUGCUGCUUCUUCUUCUCGUCCUCAUGUGGUUUGUUCUUCUGUUUGAAAUGCGCUAUUUCUGCUUCUUCCUGAUGUUUCCAACCUGCAGGACUGCGCGCCAGAUGUGCCAAAGCAACAUCUGUCUCCCCUGAAAAACGUGUUUGUUGUCCGGCUUCUCUCCGAGCACGAAAUGAAGAAGUUUAAUCACAAUGGAGGGAUUUAAAAAGCCGCUUUCAGGCGCAAAAAGUCAAAUGAAAACUUCUAUUUUUAGUCAUAUUUCAGGCGCAGAAUUGAUUUCCUCUAAAAGCCGCAUUUCGUUCGUUUUUCCUGCGCAGAGAUGCGGAUUUUUAACAGUUCAUUUCAUCAGAAAACAGUGAAGUUUUCUUCAUGUAAUUAGAUUUUUCAUCAUUUCUUUUCCUUCAUUAUUUCACAGAUUCAGGCCCAAAGGUUUUUAUUUUAUUUUUUUAUAAUUAUUAAUUGUGGAUUUCAGAUUUGGAAAAGUUCCCAAAUCAAGCGUGUUUGAGGUUUAAUUUUAAAUAUGAAAUCAGUUCCAAACAAACUAGAAGCAGAUUUCUGAUUUUAAUUGAACCAACCAAACUGAUUUCUCUCUUUUUCAUGUUAAAUAAUAAAACAGAGCUCAGAUCGCGGCCGGUGGAACACUUUUUUGAGAGGAAACGGUUCGUUUUCUUGUUUUAUUUUCUUGCCGCUGGUUUGUCGCAGUCACAGUAUUUUAUUCUGAGAAUUAAACUCCUGAAGUUUGUUUUUGGUGGAGAAAAGAAAAGAAAAACUAAAUCCUGAAUCUACCUCAGAAUGAAAAGAGAGAAAACGCUUCAGAGUUCAGCAACUUCUCACUCCGACAGAAAAACGCAAAAAAAACGCAAAAAAAAAAACGAAACCAAGAGAAAAAAGGUGAAAGUUUUAUGAUUGUUCCAGAUGUUAGAUGUGAAGUUCUAUAUAUUUAGUUCCGUAAAUAAAUGAAUUAUUUUAAGACUCUA